AUGACAACUGGAAAUGUAACCAUACAAAUUGGUUACUAUCCGAAGAGCGGUGAUAACGUCAAACUAGAUACUAAAGGAUACUAUUAUGAGAGUGGCAAGGUAAGAGUUAAUCUUACGGAUGAAUGGUUUCCUGACCCAGAGGGUAUAUAUAGGAAGUUUACUCAUACUCCCGAAGAUAGUUGUACAAUAGGUGAUAUUAAAAAGGGAGGAACAUCUCAGAAUGGGUUCGGAGCCUUAAGUAGCUAUUCAAGUGUCUCAGUCUACUACUGGUUGUUAGAUAAUGAGCAUGAGAAGCCUCUCCUCAUUCAACUUGGUAGUGAAAAUGAGUACUACAUAUAUAGUGGUAAUACCUGGAGUAAGGAUGGAGGUAUAAAUACUACUACUCUCAAGUCCAAGUUAGAUAAAGAGAACUGUACAAAGAACGGAGCCCACGUCGUGGAUUUAUCUCAAAAGCAUGGUAAUUCUAGUGGUACUACUUGCGAGUGUCCCAGUUGCAAUAGACCAAGUUUCCAAGUAUACAAGAGCAGCGACUCCGGAGGUACUCCCUACUAUGGACAUACUAUUACUUCAAUCUCUGGCUUUAAGAAUUUUGGCACUUGGCAACGUGGACUUCCAUCUAUUAGGGCUGUUGGAGUCAUAUUCGUUUACUGGUAUAAUUCUGGUACUAAUCCUCUCCUUUCAGUCUAUCAAAGAACUGGAAAUCCAAGAUUCUUCAGAAAAAGCGCUGACAAUGUAAAUUCCUGGAUUGAGGUUACUGAUAAAUCUCCCCCUAAAGAAACCCUUCCUACUCCUCAAAUUCCUCUAGAUCUCUCUAAAUCGUCUGGUAUAACAUACGAUGGUGGAAGUAGCAGUAUAAGUAUAACUGUGCUAGUCAGUCCCAUCAGUGAUGGUUAUUCUAAAUUUGAGCAUUCUUUCAGGGGCACAUCAUUUACGAUUAGUGAAAUUAAGCAUGGUCAAACUACUCAACUUUCUGGUAUAUCCUCUUCUAACCCCCUACUUAGUGUCUCCGCAUACUAUCUAGGAGUAAACGAUCCUAAAACUCUGCCUAUGCCUCUCCUUGUUGAACUGAGAUCAAGUGGGAGUAAUACAUUCAAGUACUUUUGCAGAGAAACAAAGGAUGCACAUACAUGGUCUAAAUAUUCCGGAUCUGGAGGAGGAACUGGUCAACUAAGGGAUAAUGCACUAAAGCAAGCCCUGGAUACUCUUAAGAAGGCGCCUGGUCGUUUAUGCAACGGGAGAGAAUUUGAAGCUAAAAUACCCGCAGCUAAAUGUGACUUGGGAAAUUUUAGAUUACGACUGCCCAGCGAGUUUAAAGGUGGAAUAUUUAAAUGGCAGAUCAGAAAGACUUAUAAUAGAUGGAUACAGUAA